AUGGAACAGGGGUCUCCUUUUGACGUAUCUCUUAUAAAUUCACCUCGUUCUUUAGACAGUGAAUCCGGAAACAUGACAUCUUCCUCUGUUGAGGCAUCACCCAACAUAGCUCAAGAUCCUCCGAUGAUGCUUAUCAAGCCCCCCUUCCCACCGACAAUUAAUAUCGACGAUUUAGUUACCUCAAAACCGAACGGUGAUAAGCCAAGCAAAUCUUCCAAUGCAUUUAUUAUCUAUCGUAAAGCUUACGUGAAAGAGCUUCACUCGAGAGGAAUUAACCUUCAAAUGACCCAGAUAUCACCAAUGGUAUCCGAGUCAUGGAAGCAAGAACCCGAAAACGUUAAGGCGGAAUACAAACGUCUCGCCGAAGCCGCGAAAAAACGUUACAAGGAGAUGUGGCCCUCAAAGCAAAGACUUAUGGACAUGAGUCAUUGGGAUUUCUCACAAACCAUCUGGCCCCUUGGUGACAAUCACCAAGCAAUUUCGCCAUUGCAAACCCUUUCGCUUGAUCCAAUGUUAUUAAACACAACCGAUGGACUUUAUAAUAAUAAUAAUACGCAAGAAGGGCUUAACCCUUCAUCAACUUUGAAGAGUCCAAGUGAUUUUAUCAGUUCGAGUAGCACAGACAAUUCUCCGUUGAUAAAUUAUCUCAUAAACAAUAACGAGCGUCCCACAGGUAGCAUGCCUGUACCGAAUGACCCCAAGGAAAGCUUAUUGGCAUACCAUAAACUCAUGGUUAAUUGGCAUAAAGAUCUGAGACGACAGGAACAACCAUAUAAAACAUUUGCAGAAGCAACGAGUGUGUCAUUUUUUGCAUUUCAUUUGGUUUAG